UGUAGUUGAUAGAGGUUGCGUGUGAGGCCCACACAGGAAGUUUCCAGACCUAGCUGCAGAAUAGAAACACCCCCGUGUAUGAAACAUUGAGCUGAAGCUGAUGACUUGACAUUAGAAAGCGGCUCAUGCGAGAUGACAGAGGUGUCCGACUUGGGAGGGAAGAUUAGAGAUCAUGUCUGCUCAAAGAACAAAGCAAAGCCUUGAUUCACAUCACUUGGUAGUUAACCAAAGUGAAACACCCAAGGCAGCCGAGUUCCAUGUAACAGGCGAUACUAAUGUACCACAACGAGAAGGAGAUACGGGACCAUUAAGUGUAUCGUCUAGUUCUCACAAUUCACAAUCUGAAACCCAGCCUCUUACUUCAGCAAACAGAAGAAAGCUGGGGUCCAAAAGAAGAAAUAAACAGCAACAUGUCAAGGACUCAGCAACUGAGAAACACCACAAACCUAGACAGGAACUUGAGGGAAACACCAAGGGUAAUGAAGCCCUCGAAACAACACAACCUGAGAGGCAGGAAGAGUUAAAUAAUCAAGGUAGCAAGCAUGAUUCAUCUGUAGCACGUGACAGCUCUUUAUGCUUUACCUCUGGUUAUUCUUGUGAAGUUCAGGACCCUUCAACACAAAAUCCAGAGGACAUCCCAGAAAUUCCGAUUCUUAAAAGUGGAAAUAAACACGUCGAUAAAGAUGAAAAACCAUCUUAUUCUUAUGGCUUAGUGGAAACCAUGCUGGAAGUGACUGGUGCAGCGGCCAUUCUUCAGAGUGAGGAAAUCAAAGAAAAUAUUGCUAGCAGCUCUGACUUGAUUCGCUCUCUCAGUGUGACAGAAAAUGAAAAGAGAAAAGAGGAAGUUUCCGACCUGUUAAGGCAAGAUGGGAAUGUGGAGGGCAACUAUUUGAAGGGUGAGUCACAUGUAGAAUCUGUAGACACAAGGUUUUCUACGACACCAGAGGUAACCACCGACAAAAACAACCCCAAACAAAAUACUGAACUUGCAGAUAUUCAAAAUGAGAACUUCUCCCUUCAUUUGGACUCCCAGCUUCAGGAUUGCUCUGUCAUUACAAAGGAGAGUACUGACACCAAUUUGAACACAUCAGUGAACAGAAGAAAACUGGGGUCUACUCGUAGAAAUAAAAGGCGACAGCAUGUAAAGGAUCCUGUCGCUGAAUCUGAAGAGGAACCUGUCGGUUUUGACGAUUUUGAAACAGCAAUAGUUUCAUCACUGACAGAGACAGAUGUGCAUGUGAAAUCUGUGGAAACCAUGCUGGAAGGAAUAAACAGAUCUCCCACUGAUGAAAUUGAAAGAAAAGAAACUGCACAUGUUGGCAUCUCUGAGUUAAAUAGUUUAAAUUUCCUUCCAACUUCCAGUGAACCACUGAUUAACCAAUCAAAUGUCAGGGAGAUGCCACAUGAGCUUGCCAGUGUGUACUCUGAAACAAAUGCAGAAGGUAAAGAAAGAGAUGAGGACACCGACUUGUCAAAGCCGUGGGGGAGUUUUCACGCCAGUGACUUGAUGAAUGAGUCACGUGUGAAAUCAGACUACUUCGAGUGUCCUAUGAAACUAGAGACACCCACAGAAGAAGACCAUGGAGAACACACAGAACCUGAGCGCUGUGUUGAGUUAGCAAAAGAUUCAUCACCAAAUGAGGAGUUGUCUACAAAUGAGGAACAGAAUGAGCAUUUCAGCUUAUCUGAAGUCAGAGGAGCUCAGAACUUGAAUGAAGAGGAGGUUAAACCUGCAGGAAUACAUCUGAUGGAUCAUUCUUUCGAUAGUGCGAAUUCUGAAAUCCGUUUUGCAAACCUGACAGACCAAGCUGAAGUCAGUGACUCAUCCCGAUCUGAGUCGAGUGUGAAGGGGGUGGAAGAUUCUGCUACUGAGCAGGAAGUCUCAAAACCUGAUUAUAAACAGGACGAGUGUCCUGAAAUGCAAAGCAAUGUGGAGGCUUUCAAACAGAUAAAUGAAGAUGAUCAAGUAUAUGAUCCAAAGAAACCAGAGACCAGUGACAUUGAGAGACUGGACACUGCAGUAGUUCAGGUAUAUGAAAAUGAAGGCCAAUUAGAGGAUGAUAUAAAACCCAGCGUGGAACAAACAAGUCACCAGGAGAAAGAAAGACUCCCCACUGACGUGACUGAGAUCAAAUCUCCUCUAGAGACCGUGGAAUCAGAAACACGUGCUCCUUUUGACGCACAACCUCAGGACACUUCAGUAAUAAUAGAUGAUCAAAACAACACUGACUUUAACCCCAUUAGCAACAGAAGAAAACUGGGUUCUAGUCGUAGAAAUAAAAGACAAAAGAUUGUGGAGAACCCUGGUGUUGUAUCAGAGAUGUCAUUAAUGCUAGAUACAGAAAUCCAGGAAAUAUCAAUGCAAAUGAUCCAGGAAGGAAGGGACAAAGUGGAGCCAUCUGAGACUGAAGACGUUUGUGAUGACAAUCAAGAAAAUGCACAUAGUAGCAACUCUGGAUUAACUAGUAUUAGUGUACAUUCAAGUCCUCCAGUUGAGCAACAGGUAACUGAACAACCAAAUUCCCCUGCCAGUGCUUACUCUGCUGUAACAGAUACAGAAAAUAAACAGGACACGGACCUCUUAAUGCGGUGGGGAUUUUUACAGGCUGACAACUGGCUGAAUGAGAAAGAGAGUGAAGAGUCCUCUAGCAAAUCAGACAUAACCACAGAGAAAAGUAACUACAGAGAACAUACAGAGCCUAAAUAUGGAGUUGAGCAAGUGGCAGUUUCAUCACCAAAAGAGGAGAUGUCUACAAUGGAGGGUCAAAAUGAACAUUUGAGCUCAUCUGAGGUCAGAGCUGCGCAGCACUCGGAGGAUGUUGUGGAGGAAGUGCAUGAUGAGGAAGUAAAGCCAAUACACAUGCCAACAAUGCAUCAAACCGAUGACUUCUCAGUUGAGGAAAGAAACCCCUGUUUACAAACUCUGGAAUCAGAAACAAAGUCGCCUUUUGAUUCGCAACCUGUGGACAAUUCUGUGAGCAUCAAAGAGGAAACUCACUCUGGCUUCAAACUCACAGGGAACAGAAGAAAACUGGGGUCAAGCCGAAGACUUAAAGGACGACAGCACGGCCCAGAGAUCACUGAACCGGCAGAGGAAGUUGUAGAAAAUACCUGCAGUGAUGAAGAAAAGACUGAAAAAGAAAAAAUGCCAACAGGAACAAUAAGUCAGGAAGAAUUGAAAGAGCAAACCAGCCCAGAUUUCAAUCUCACUAAGAAAAUUACAUCAGCUGUGGAGGAGCAGGAGAACACAGAAGAAAUACCAGAUGAAGAUACAACUCUGUCACUGAAUAUGAUGGACAACAGCACAACAGUGACAACAGACUUUCUCAAUUCUACUGAAGAAGUCCAAGAGGCAGAGAAGAAAUUCAUAAAAGAGCCAGAAGAUUUAACUCCACUUCCAGUUCAUGAUGUAGUUCAAAUGGACUUGAUACAAGCUGUGGAAGCCUCAGUUUGGAAUGAUAAUUCAGACUCACAAAAUAUCUCAAAUCAUGAUGACAACGUCAGGACCAAAUCUGUCCCAUCUGACGUACUCGACCAAGAAGAAACCUCUCACAUCCAAAACACAGAAUCUUCACCCUGUGACACAGACUCAGUGGGACAAGAAAUUUGUGUCCAACAGACAACUAACGUGAAUGAAUCUGAGGGAGAUGUCGUGUUAAACGAAGCAACAAGUUUAAUGGGUGCACAAGGGUCUGAAGAGGUUGACUUGGAAGAAGAACGCAAAGAUCCUGCCAAUAAAGACCAUUUGGCAGAAGACACAAACACUUCAGUUGAAGUCACACCCGAUGAACCUUUUUCUGUUGCACAAAAUGAACCUGAAACAUUUGAAAUUGGUCAUGAGGAAAACACAAGAGCAAAGCCAGCUGAGAAAGUUGGGAUUUCUCCAGCAGCAGAUACAUCUAACAGCCGAGGAGAAACGGACAGCAAAGAUAAAACAGAUCAAAGAAACUUGGAUGUGGAUUUAGAUGUAGAUGUGAGAAAUCUUGACAGGAUGGAGGUGGUGGAGGAGUUAUCGUCAAUAGUCACAAAAGAGGAACAUGCACAUGGGUCACUGAGUACUGUGGAUAAAGAAAAGGACAUUAAUGAAACCAGUUCUGUGCACAAUGAUGGACAAAAGCUGCAAAGCAAUACCUCUGACCUGCAGACAAUAGAGAGUAACAUGAUUCCAAACAGAGAGGAUUCAAUGGCUCUUCUUCCUGAUCAGUCAGCCUUCCACAAUGAGGAAGUUGUUAAUCCUGUCACAUUUGUUCAGGGAACUGAUGUAAGGGCUGGUGAGGUAGAUGUAGAUGUUAGUGCGGAGCCAACACAGCAAGAUGAUUUUAGAAGCAAUGAGAUGCAAACAACCUCUGUGGUCAUUGGUAGAAGAAGUCCAUCAAUAAAUCUGUUGCUGCCUCCAAAUACUGAGGACGCUAUCAACACUGACUCUGUUAUUAUAGAAGCUGCACAAAGUGAUAAGCAAAGUCCAGAAGGCCUUAAAGAAGGCCUAAUACAGGACCAACCUUUCAAAUCAGUAGAGGCACCAAGUGUUGUUGUGGCAGAUCAGGAGAUGGUAGAAUCUGUCACACAAGAGCCAAACAACGCUCCUGAAGGAGCUCACAAAACCAACUUUGAGAUGAAGGAUUCAAGUCCACAUGUCAGUCCCAACAGGCGAAGAAAGAUGGGCUCCACCCGCAGAAACCUUGGAUCACGAUCCAAAGUGGAAAACCCACAUCAAGAGCAGACACAUACACAAUCAGAGAGUGUAGAGUCCUCCAGCAAACCAGAGAUAACCACAGAGAAAAGCAACUACAGAGAACAUACAGAGCCUAAAUAUGGAGUUGAGCAAGUGGCAGUUUCAUCACCAAAGGAGGAGACGUCUACAAUGGAGGGUCAAAAUGAACAUUCAAGCUCAUCUGAGGUCAGAGGUCGCAGUACUCGGAGGAUGUUGUGGAGGAAGUGCAUGACGAUGAAGUAA